GGCCGUGGUGGAGGCCGUGGUGGAGGCCGUGGCGGUUUCGGUGGCGAUCGCGGAGGCCGUGGUGGCUUCGGUGGAGGCCGUGGUGGAGGCCGUGGUGGCUUCGGUGGUGGCCGUGGCGGUUUCGGUGGCGAUCGUGGAGGCCGUGGCGGUGGCCGUGGUGCCCGUGGUGGACGCGGUGGUGCUUCCGGUGGUGCCCGUGGUGGUGCCAAGGUUAUCAUUGAACCUCACAGACACGAGGGUAUCUUUGUUGCCCGUGGCAAGGAAGAUCUUUUGGUCACUAAGAACCUUGUUCCCGGCGAGUCAGUUUAUGGCGAGAAGCGUAUUUCAGUAGAAGGUGCCGAGGGUACCAAGAUCGAGUACCGUGUGUGGAAUCCUUUCAGAUCUAAGAUUGCUGCUGCCGUUCUCGGUGGUAUUGACCAUCUUCACAUUGCCCCAGGAAAGAAGGUCCUUUACCUUGGCGCUGCCUCUGGUACUUCCGUCUCUCACGUUGCUGAUGUCGUUGGUCCUCAAGGUGCUGUCUACGCUGUUGAAUUCUCUCACCGCUCCGGCCGUGAUCUUAUCAACAUGGCUAAGAAGCGUACCAACGUUGUUCCUAUCAUUGAAGAUGCUCGCCACCCCCACAAGUACCGUAUGUUGGUACCCAUGGUCGAUGUCAUCUUUGCUGAUGUUGCUCAGCCCGAUCAGGCCCGUAUUAUCACCUUGAACGCCCAUCACUUCUUGAAGAACGAUGGCCACAUUGUCAUCUCUAUCAAGGCAUCCUGUAUCGACUCUACUGUCGAUGCUGCCACUGUAUUCGCUCGUGAAGUUAAGAAGCUCCAGGAGGAGAGAGUUAAGCCCCAGGAACAGCUUACUCUGGAACCCUAUGAGAGAGACCACGCUGUUGUAGUCGGAAAAUACGUCCGCAACAAGUAAACACUGCCAUCGAAGGGUCAUUAUCUUUUUUUUUACAUUCUCAUCUCUUUAUUGUCGCUCUUUUUUCUCUCUCUUCUAUCAGUUAGACUAUUGUAAAUAUCUUGGGAAUAAAUG